AUUUUCAAGGACGUAAAGUCGACAGCGCAGCUGUUGAAUUUGUGGAUUUAUAUAUAUAUAUUUAUAUAUAUAUAUAUUAUUUUUUUUUUGCGAAAUACUCUAUUUACCUCGCGAUUUUAGGCACAACCAUUUGAAGCUUUUGAAUGAGUAAUUCAAGGUAGUAUUUAACUCACCUAAACAACUAACGGUACAAAUACUGAGUGGCACACCACUAUGAUAUCAGCCGUACCUCUGAUGCCAGGCCAGGACUAUAGAAGACCCGAGCCUAUUGGUGUAUUUGAUGCCGAUACGGAAGUUAAAGUCACUCCCUUCCCAGCCAGACGGCAAUUUCUGCGAGAGUAUCGACCUACUAUGCACAAUGUUUCUAGUUACGUGCUUAAAACGCAUUUCAUGGAUUAUGGUCUUUCACGGGUGAAAAGUUUAUGGAUAGAUGAAGAAGUUACCAAUGAAUAUUCACACGGGACUCCAGACCAGCCCCUGUUUGCAUCACAGACUCUCGUACACAACUGUAGGAUAUGCCGAGAGGAAGGGAACUUCGAUACCAAUAACGAGUCAUUCUUCUCAUCUGACAGUCCUGUGAAAGUCCAUGACGAGUUGGAACAUACACUACAAGAGCAACAAGUACAAGGAGAGCAGUAUACGGCAGUUGAAACCCCAUCUAGUACUUCAACCGCAGAUAAAGAGUCAAGAAGAUAUUCGAAUCCCUUCUGGGAUGAUUUGCCAACUGGUCCAAAUUUCGAGGAGAAUAGUAGUGUCUCCGAACGGGAAACUGUUAAUGGCGGGUACAAGCGACCCUACCCAUUUGAAGGGCAAACUGGUUCAAAUUGUGAAGGUGUGAGCUCUAUCGCCCUGGACGAUUUCGUGGACAAAGUACGCAGCAUUGCCGACUCAGCUACACCAGAUGCAACGCUUAAUAGCUUAUACAAGUACUGUGACAGAACAAAAGAGACUGGGGAGUACGUUAAUACACUGGUGGGGGAUAUGGAGACGCGAAAAGGUGAUGUCGAAGCCGAUAAGGAACAUGUUGCACACACACAAUCUCCAACAUUGAAGCGUGCGUGUCUUGAUCACCGCGAUGUUGGUAAUUUACAAGCAAGUACACAGUUUGUAUUAAUGCAACUUGCUACUGACGAAAAUACACAGAAACAGACUGCCGCAAGUAAUUCUGUUACUCACGCGGGUAGUAUUGAUAAUCGUGAAGUAGGAAACUGUAUCGACGGCAUCGCUCUGUCGGACGUUUCGGAUUUGUCGGAAAGCGAAUUAGUGACCCCCGAGUCCAGCGAUGAGGAUAAGAUAGUGCUCUCUCCCCCAUCACCCAGUGCAAGCACAGCCGUUUCGGCACUGGCGAUGGCACUCAAUACAGCCACAACUAGUACUGGGUUUUCUGUGGACUCAGAGCCCAGUGAUGCUAGUGGCAGUGACGGCGAGUCUGACGAAGAAACGAUCCAAUCAGAUGCUGACGGGAGUAAGACUGGGACUUUGUUGGCUAUUUAAAAGCGAGUAUGACUCGUACUGGCCAUAAUGUAUGGCUGUAACUGUCUGCGACUUGUGUCAAGGACAUGUAGGGAUGCGAACCGAUACUUUGAAAAGGAUCGUUCCUUUGGGUUGCCGACGGUGGCAUAUGACCAUCUUAGAUAUAAUAACGAUAAGCGAUUGGAAUGGCAGUGACCACAAGGAGAAUAAGAUAAUAAUUAAUUAUUUAUCGAAACAUUAGUAUACUGUAGAACCGUCUGCUAGUCCUCGACGUUGGAACAACAGUGUGUUGAAUCCACGAGCGCUACCGAGGUUGGCGAAGAGCGGUUGCUGUAUGAGCGAAGGCGUGCGAUAGCUUAUAUCGAGAAGAAGAAUCAAUAAAGUCUGUGGCGAGUCCUACUGUGAUGUCC